CAUCAGCCGGCGACAAAAACAGGUGAAAGGUCUCCUGGUUGUGUUGUAACGCAAACAGGUUCGGCAAGAAGUGGAGAGUUUUGCCAGAAGAAUGAUAAAUGUAAAUAGAUUAUUUGUUUUGUCUAGAAGUUUUGGAGUCGGAAAGCGGCUUCUAGCGGCUCGUGUGAGGCAUGUCGGGAGAGAAGCGACCCUUCUUCAGCUGCGGAGGUCUUUUAAAAUUCACUCCAGAAACCUCGCGUAUGCCAAGGAUUUGUUCCUCGGCCAGGUGAACAAGGCUGAGGUCUUCCCUUAUCCAGAAAUUGGAAAUGAAGAAUUGGAGGAGAUUAACCAGCUUGUUGCCCCGGUGGAAAGAUUCUUCACUGAGGACGUUGAUUCAGCAAAGAUUGACAGAGACGCCAAAAUCCCUCCAGAGACUCUCAAUGGACUGAAGGAGCUGGGCCUGUUUGGAAUCAUGGUUCCUGAGGAGUACGGGGGUCUCGGACUGUCCAACACGAUGUAUGCCCGACUGGCUGAGAUCAUCUCAUUAGACGGCUCCAUUGCCGUGACGCUGGCCGCACAUCAAGCCAUUGGACUGAAGGGGAUUCUGAUUGCAGGGAAUGAAGCCCAGAAGCAGAAGUAUCUGCCAAAGCUGUCCUCUGGAGAACACAUCGCAGCUUUCUGUCUGACAGAGCCUGGAAGUGGAAGUGAUGCAGCCUCCAUUCAGACCCGUGCGACCCUGUCUGAAGAUGGAAAGCGUUACCUGCUUAACGGCUCCAAGAUUUGGAUCUCAAACGGGGGGAUGGCAGACAUCAUGACAGUGUUUGCAAGGACUGAAGUGGACGUAGACGGCGAGAAGAAAGACAAGAUUUCUGCUUUUAUUGUGGAGAGGGCUUUUGGAGGAGUCACCAGCGGCAAGCCUGAGGACAAACUGGGCAUCAGGGGUUCCAACACUUGUGAGGUGUCCUUUGACAAUGUCCCGGUGCCAGUGGAGAAUGUAAUAGGAGAAGUAGGAGGUGGAUUUAAGAUUGCCAUGAACAUCCUAAACUCGGGGAGGUUCAGUAUGGGCAGCUCCUCUGCUGGAAUGAUCAAAAAGCUAAUCGAAUUGACCUCAGAGUACGCUGCAAGCAGGAAGCAGUUUAAUAAAAGCUUAAGUGAAUUCGGAAUGAUUCAGGAGAAGUUUGCAAUGAUGGCCCUUAAUGCCUUUGUGAUGGAGAGCAUGGCGUACCUGACAGCAGGGAUGAUGGACAAACCAGGGCUACCAGACUGUUCUCUAGAGGCCGCCAUGGUCAAGGUGUUCAGCUCAGAAGGAGGCUGGAUUUGUGUCAGCGAAGCUCUUCAGGUGCUCGGAGGUCUCGGUUAUACCAAGAACUAUCCCUUUGAGCGCUACGUCAGGGACUGUCGCAUCCUGCCCAUUUUUGAGGGAACCAAUGAAAUCCUGCGGAUGUACAUCGCGCUCACUGGGAUGCAGUACGCUGGCAAAGUCCUCACAGGGAAAAUAAAAGAGAUGAAGAAAGGGAAUAUAGUGAUGGCUAUGGGCAUGGUCGGCAAGAAACUGAGGAUGUCACUCGGAGGUUCAGUGGACCUCGGCCUGACGGGGAAAGACGGAGUCGUGCAUCCGAGCUUGGCAGACAGUGCUAAGAAGUUGGAGCAGAAUGUGAACCUUUUUGGAUCGACUGUGGAGAGCCUGCUGUACAGAUACGGAAAGACCAUAGUGGACGAACAGCUCGUCCUGAAGAGAGUAGCAGACGUGCUGAUCCACCUCUACGCCAUGACAGCCGUCCUUUCUAGAGCCAGCCGCUCCAUCAGCAUCGGCCUCAGGAAUCACGACCACGAGGUGCUGCUUGCAAACACAUUCUGCAGCGAAGUUUUCUUCAAGAACAAUUACUGGAUGGUUCAGUUGCAAAAACACUCUCCGGAGAACAACGAUGCCAACAUCAAGAAGAUCGCCAAGGAGGUCCUGGACAACAGAGCCUACAUCUGCUCUCACCCUCUUGAAAGAACAUACUGAGCGCUCCCCCUGUGAUCGUAAUACUGUCUACUGUAUUCACAUUGAACAACGAGUCCCACUUAUUACUUUGUUUGGCAUUAUUUCUCCAUUAAAUUAAUACAUUCAGAGAUUUGUGUUAAUGGCUGUAUUCUAAUAACUGUAUUCUCCAGAGAGGACACCUGCAAUCACUGGACAGCAGGCUUCUCUGAUGAAACCACAUGCAGUUCUAUCUGAAGUGCUCUAUUAACUUUAGAGAUAUCAUAAGCUAUUGCACAGAUACUCAAUUAAAUGAGCUUAUUUGAUGAAGAAGGUACAGUUUUUGUGGGUUCUAGCUAGGGCUGGGCGAUAUGGCCAAAAAAUAAAAUCUUUUUUUUUUUUUAAAGUCAUCUUGGACGAUCAUGAUUUUAAUCAAUUUUUGUUGUUUCUUUGUGGUCUGUUUGCUAUGGCUAGUGCUAGCCAUAUCGCACUCCCGUAGCUGCGAGCACUUUUCCCAUUCUUUAGGAUGCCUCUGCCGGAGGUGCUGAAAGAGGUUAGUUGUGCUGCUACUCUUCGUACUUUUGCAGACCUCGCACAUGACUGUAGUUUGCUCUGUGUCAGUCUCGUCAAAGCCGAACCACUUCCAUAUAAUCAAUGUAACAUGAGGCCCUUUUCUCACGACCAACUCUUCGUCUGCCGUUCUGUCCGCCAUGACGGGGGUAUGACUGUUUUGGCAGAAGGUAAAUGGACAAAGCGCUUUACAUGAUACAUCACAUUCACCCAUUCACACACACAUUCACACACUGAUGGUGGGAGCUGCCAUGCAAGGUGCUAACCACGACCCAUCAGGAGCAAUUAGGGAUUAGGUGUCUUGCUCAGGGACACCUCGACAUGAGCAUGACGGGCCGGGGGAUCGAACCGCAACCCUCCGGUUGCGAGACGGCCACUCUACCCACAGAGCUAUGCCGCCCAUAAGGAGAUGAGAGGUAGAAGCAAACGCCAGUGCACAAAUCGUGAAAGGCAGAAGAAGAAUCUGUAUUGUUAUAUAUUUAAGCUCGCCUCGAUUUUGCGAUUUGGCAAAUUUUCAAUCGUCAGGUUUUAAAAACGCGAAUUAAUCAAAUUUGAUUUAUCGCCCAGCCCUAGUUCUAGCUGCUGCAGUAUUCCUUGAAAGCUGCACAGCUGAUGUUUGUGUCUUCAUAUUAAAUGCAGACCUUUGGAAAGCAAACCAACUCCUUGUAUGUCAGAAACAAGACAGUUUGCUUGUACACAAAAGAAUGCCGCUUUCUAACUACUAUUGACCACAGGAACCUCUUUAGUGUUUUCUCUAGUAUCUAUUGAGUGUUGACUUUUUGAAAAUAAAAGCUGUAAAUUACA